CUUCUUUGCUCUUCCCCCCAUGUACAGGACUAAGUGGGAGAGCCCAACGGCCCAUGGCGCCGCUUCCCAAACUACAUUUCCCAAGCUCUCCCCUGGGCGGGGCGUGGGCCGUUGAGCGGUUGGUGCCGGCGGUGGGGAGCGGAGGAUGCUGGAGAUGGCGGCGGCGGUGGGAAUGCGCCUGUAGCUCUGCUGCUCUGUACCUUGCUUCGGGCCGCGACUGAGCGAGGAGCUCCUGUGAGGAAGCGGGGCUGCCGCCCCGGGCCGGCUCGGACUGCGCCCUGCCAGGGAGCUGUCGCCUCCCGCCCAAUAAAGAAGAAUGUCCUUGUUUAAAGCUAGAGACUGGUGGUCCACCAUACUUGGAGAAAAGGAAGAAUUUGACCAAGGCUGUCUGUGUGUUGCUGAUGUUGAUAAUAGUGGCAGUGGACAAGAUAAAGUUAUUGUGGGCAGUUAUAAUGGAUAUCUCAGAAUCUUUAAUCCACAUCCUGUGAAACCUGGAGAUGAAGUACAGCCUGAAGACUUGCUCUUGGAAGUGCAGCUGCGAGAACCAAUAUUGCAGGUGGAAGUGGGAAAGUUUGUUUCUGGUACUGAAGGACUUCAUCUGGCUGUGUUGCAUUGCCGAAAACUCUGCGUGUACGCUGUUUCAGGAACUCAGGGGAAUGUGGAGCAUGGGAACCAGUAUCAGAUUAAACUGAUGUACGAGCACAAUCUUCAGAGAACUGCUUGUAAUAUGACUUAUGGCCCAUUUGGUGGUGUAAAAGGUCGAGAUUUGAUCUGCAUACAGUCCAUGGAUGGGAUGCUCAUGUUGUUUGAACAAGAAAGUUACGCUUUUGGCCGGUUUUUACCUGGUUUUCUUCUGCCUGGUCCUUUGGCUUACAGCUCUCGCACAGACUCUUUCAUUACAGUCUCUUCUUGUCAGCAGGUUGAGAGUUACAAAUACCAAGUGCUGGCAUUUGCGACAGAUGCUGAUGAAAGACAUGACACAGAACAGCGAAAACUCAGUUCUGGGAAAAGGCUUGUGGUGGAUUGGGUUUUAAACAUUGGAGAGCAAGCACUGGAUAUAUGCGUUGUCUCCUUUAAUCAGGGAGCUUCUUCUGUUUUUGUGCUUGGUGAGAGAAACUUCUUUUGCCUAAAGGAUAAUGGGCAAAUACGAUUCAUGAAGAAGCUUGACUACAGUCCGAGUUGCUUCAUUCCUUACUGUUCAGUGCGAGAAGGAACAAUAAACACUUUAAUUGCAAACCACAAUAAAAUAUUGAAUGUUUAUCAAGAUAUUACAUUGAAAUGGGCCAGUCAACUUCCCUGCAUUCCUGUAUCAGUAAAAGUAGCGAAUUUUCAAGACUUGAAGGGUGUUAUAGUCACUCUGAGUGAUGAUGGGCAUCUUCAAUGUUCAUACCUUGGAACUGAUCCUUCACUCUUCCAGGCUCCUAAGGUUGACUCUAGGGAAAUAAACUAUGAAGAAAUGAAUGCUGAAAUGAAAGAGCUUCAGAAAAUCAUCAGGGAGGCCACAAAAACACAAGAUAUUUUGCCUGAAUCUGAAAAACAGAGAGAUGUAACUGUCACAGCAGAAGUUUCACCUGAUUUGGAUGAAGAAUCUCAAGCCAUUGAGAGUGAGGUAAAAACAGGGGCAGUGCCAUCACUCACAGUAAAGAUAACAAUCCAGAGCAGAGUGAAAGCACAGAAGCCAUGCCUGGCCGUGUGUGUGCAAGCUCCAUUAGCAGUGACCUGUGACCAGUUUGUCUUCGAUGAUUUAGAACCAGAUUCAUCUGAAACUGUGGUCCUGUCUGUCUUUUUAAAGGAGAAUUGUUCUCCACCAGAACUAGAGGGGACUUGCAUGGUUUCAUAUAAUAUACCAACAGAGCUCAAUCCUGAAGGAAUACCAAGAGUUUCACAGUGUAGCUUCAGUCUGCCUUUGAAGUUAGUUUGCUUUCCAGCUCAACCUUCAAAAGCAGCAAACCACAAGCUAACUAUUGAUACCAACAAACCUCCCAUCAGUUUUGUCACCAUUUUUCCAGACUUCGUUGAUCCGUCUGAGGGUGACCAAGCAAAUGCUCUCGGAUUUCAGUUUUUAACUGGUUCAAAAACCACUCUUCUUGCUUCAAAAACAUCACAACGAUACAGAAUUCAGAGUGAUCAGUUGGAAGACCUUUGGCUGGUAACGAAAGAGCUCAUACACCGACUACAAGAGCAUUUCAAGAAGCAAAACUGCAAGGAUUUUGCAUGUACCUUUUCUGGUUCAAUUCCCCUGCAAGAAUAUUUUGAACUAAUUGAUCGACAUUUUGAGCUACGUUUGAAUGCUGAGAAGUAUCAGGAGCUGUUGUCUGAAAGGGCUGUGCAGUUUCGAGCUAUUGAGCGGCGACUGCUGACACGAUUCAAGGACAAAACUCCAGCUCCUCUUCAACAUCUGGACACCUUGCUAGAAGGAACAUUCAGAGAGGUAAUAGCUCUAGCAGAUGCAGCAGAAGAAAAUCAAGCCAACAUGUUCCAGGCAUUUGCAAAGUUGAAAAGUGCCACCCAUCUGGUGAUUAUGCUGAUUAGUUUGUGGCAGAAGCUCAGCACUGAUCAAGUUGCUAUUUUGGAAGCUACGUUUUUGCCAUUAGCAGAAGAUACACAAGAGCUGGGUUGGGAAGAAACUGUGGAUGCUGCAGUCUCUUACUUAUUAAGAACUUGUUUAUCAAAGAGCUCCAAGGAGCAGGCCCUGACUCUCAGCAGCCAGUUGUCCAUGCCCAAAGAUACCAGCAGACUGAAGAAAAACAUCACCCUCUUCUGUGAUAGAUUGGCCAAAGGCGGUCGCCUUUCACUGAGUAUGGACUCGGCCACUCACUCAGCUGCUGCUAUGCCAGGUGGCUGUGCUACAAUCCCAGAGUCUGAUCUAGAGGAAAGGACCAUUAUACCCGGCUCCACAGCAGUGUUUGCCAGUCAUGGGCAGACCACAAAGCAGAAAUCCAAGCCUGGUCUGUCUGAGGAUGCAGAAGAGGAAACAAAAAGCCAUGAACUCUGAUGACAACCCUCAGGAAAAAAUUCUAUCUGAUGCCAGAUGCAUUUAUAAUGCAGCA